GUUAUAAAUCUUCUAUAUUUCAUAUUUUUUGAGGUAAUUUAUAGUCGAUUGCAUUUUGCGGCUGUUCCACGUGGAAUUUGUUAGUUACCCAUUGUAUUUGUGUCGGUAUUAGUACAAUACCGCUGAGCCGACCGUUACAUUGUAGUAGUGAUGAAAAGAAAGUUAUUGUCUGUAUCAUUGUGUUUUACGAUGGUUGUCACUCUAAAUCUAAAGAAGUAAAACAUGCAACUUCAUUAUAGAUUUAGAUGACUGAUGUAUCUGAAGUGUCGACUUCCUCUCCAACUGAGCUGUUGGCGGCUGGCCGCAGACAUUUGGCUGUGAGAGAUUUCAGUGCGGCUGCCAGCACCCUAGCACAAGCAUGUGAAGGACUUGCUAAAGAACACGGAGACACUGCCGACCAGUGUGCUGAGGCUUACUUAUGGUAUGGCAAAGCCUUGCUUGGUCUGUCAAGAGAAGAGAGUGGUGUCCUCGGUGAUGGUGUGCCAGGCUCAGGAAAUGCUGAUGAGGAGGAAGAAGAUAAUGAUGAACAAGAAGAGAAUGGUGAAAAUGGCGAGAAUGGCGAUGCUGAGGCAGAAGCAGAAGCUGGAGAGAAUGAGAAAGAAAACGGAGAAGUUGAGAAGAGCGAAGCAGAGUCUACAACUAAGGAUGAAGAGCCAGGCAGCAGUGUUGCUCCUGAAGAAAAUGAAGAGCCAGGAACUACAAACGGCGAUGCCGACGCUCAUGAUGAGUCUGUAAUGAAUGUGGAUGCUGAGGAUGAUGUUGACAAUCUACAACUUGCUUGGGAGAUGCUUGACUUAGCACGCAGCAUCUUGUACCGUCGCGUGCAGGACUGCGGCGGCGACGCGGCGCGCGCUCUGCUGGCCGACGUACACCUCGCGCUCGGAGAGGUCGCGCUAGAGAGCGAGACCUACGACAAGGCGGUCACUGAUAUGCAAAGCUGUUUAGAUCUGCAAAAGGAACUGUAUCGUAGCGACGACAGGCGUAUUGCCGAGACACAUUACCAAAUCGGUCUCGCAAAUUCCUUGGCAUCAAACUUCGAAGAUGCGAUUACACAUUUCAAGAAUGCAGCGAAUAUUCUCGAAACUAGAAUUAAAACCUUGGAGAAUCCAGCUACUGUUAUAGAAGAUGCCACGGUCAAGAAAUUCUCGACUGCAGACCCAUUCUAUUCCGUCGAGGGAGAAAUCAAGGAGUUGAAAGAACUUCUGCCUGAAAUACAGGAGAAGAUUCAGGAUAUGAUGGAUUAUAAGGCUGAGACGAUAAAACGAGUUCGCGAAACGCUAUGUUCAGCGAACGGCGAAGGUGCAUCGACUUCCAAUGGUGCUGGACCCAGUUCUAGCUCAAGUUCCAGUUCAUCAGUGCCUAAACCAGCUGCCUCCGACAUUUCCCACCUUAUCAAGAGAAAGAGAAAGGCGAGCGAAGGAGAAGCAGACUCCUCGGCUGCAAAGAAGGCCAAUACGUGAAUGUCACUGCCCAACACAUUAAAGUACCUGUAAGGGCCUCGACGAAUCUGUAAAUUAUUUGAAAAAUCGUUAAAUUGAAAUGUAUUCUUUCGAGUCUAUUGGAUAAGUUAUCUGACCAUAUACCUAACUUGGACCAAUAUAGUUUUAACGAAUGUGUUGACAUUAAUCCGCCCUUUAUUUCGCCUUGGUUUUGUGGAAAGCAAUAAUCGUUUUGUUUUAAAUGUAAUCUUUCAGUGUGAAAAGCUCGUUAUUUGAAAAUGUGUGCUAUUAACUUAUCAGGCUCAAGAAAAAUACAUACAUUAAAUUAUUUAAAUUAAUUAUUAUAAGUGUUGGGGCCCAAGCAAGUAAUCUUGUGUACAAAAAGAAGCGUGAUUGUCAGUGUUAAGUGAACGUAUCGUCCUAGUAAAUUGCUUUCUUAUAACGAAGGCACAAACAGAUGUAUAUUUUGUAUGGAUCUUGUUGUGUUUGUCUGACAGUUUGUUAGUUGGUUGUAUGGGACAUUUUUGUUCCCCAAAUUUUAAUAAUCAAACAUCCAGUUAAGUCAAUUAAGUCCUUAAGAAUUUUAAAUUCGUUUUACAUAAGAAAAGUCCCUGAGUUUGUUGUAAUUAAAUUUUAAAUCAAAGGAUCUACUUAGUUUAGUUGAACUCAUUUUUUUUGAUAAUAAGUUUAGGACAACGAGAUAAUUGCUGUAAGAACUAAGGUUUAAAGCUCUUUUCAUAUUAGUAUCAAUACAGUUACUGAGAGCCAUUUUAGUUUUCUCCGUACACAAAUAAUAAUAUACCUUUUUUUAGUUAUAAUAAGAUUGGAUUUCAUCUUAUCUUGUUGACAUUAUUCUAAGUUAAGAUAAUUGUAGUAUACAGUAUUUUAUGUUACAUUUUUAAACAGUUUUUUAUGUUCUUGAUACUAACAUAAAUGGCGAACAGAUUUUCAAUAGCAAUUUAUUCUCCAAUUAUAAUUUUCCAAUUUACUCAGCAUUUUUAUCAGAAAUCUGAAUAGGUGACAGACUGAAUUAUUUAGCACCUACUCAAUAAGAUUAGCUUAACAACAUGUUAAAGUUUAUAUAAUUUAAUAAUAGUUUUUCCUGAAGAAUAUAAUUAUCAUAAAUGUACACAAAAUUGACUGAUUUAUUAUGAUGAAUAUCAAAGUCCAAUUUUGCCUCAACAUUCUUGAAAUGAAAUCUGUUCUUUGUUACUUUUCAUUUAUUAGUUAUCGAGUAAAACGUAAGUGUAUAACGUUUUGGAAGUUAUAAUGUUAAGCUAUUUCGUUCUUAAAUAAUUUACAUUGUAAUAUCACAUUUAGUUUACAAUAAAAUUAAUAGUUUUGAUAUA